UAAAAACUGAUAAAUUACAGAAUUAUUAAACAAUAUUUAUCAUAUGUAAAAUAACAGAAUUAGUAAAUUCUUUUGCUUUGGACACUCAACUGUCAAAAUGGCGGAUGCUCUCAGCAUUCUACGAGAAUACAAUAUGGCGAAGAAGAAGAUUGAAGAACGUGAUGGCUAUAUCACUUUCGGAGACUUCUGAUGGCCCAAAAAUAAAAAAACUAAUUAUCCAAUUUGGGGUACUGGUAAGAAUGGAAAUGCAAAAGAAUAUUACACUUUGGAUACAAUCCUCUUUUAUCUAAAGAAUAUUAAAUUGACACAUCCCCUGUAUAUAAGUCAAGCUGCUGCAGAGGAUAUUCCUGCUGUCAGAAGACCAGACAGAAAAGAUCUUCGCAGAUACAUGGAUGGAGAAAUAUCUACAUCAAAUAAUAUCGAUAAAAGUGCACCUUUGGAAAUCACAAUGCAGAGACCGAGCAAAGUAAAACGACCAGUUGCAAGUAGCGCUGGUACGACGGAUGAUGGGUCAAGUCAAGAACCCGGAGCGAAGCGUGCAAGAACAGAAGACGCAACUAAAAUAAUAAGAGAUAGGCAAAGACUUGUUGAGAGGCUUGAAGCAAGAGGUAGUGACAAAACUGUAACAACAGAACAAAUUAAAUCUCUUUCCGACACAAUAUCAGUAGAAAAAAUUGCUGCAAUCAAAGCUAAAAUUAUGGCGAGAAAAAGAAAAACUAUCCGACAAGUCGGUGAACCAGAAGAGGAGUUUGGAGUCCAAGCGCCGGAUGGAGGAUUUGCAGACGAACCAGAAUCUUUUGACUUGACGUCUGAAAUAGUAUCCAGAGAAAGAAGAUGGAGAACAAGAUCGACUGUGUUACAAAGUGCUGGAAAAGAUUUCAGCAAAAACGUUUUUUCUAUUUUGUCAUCAAUUAAAGCUCGAGAAGAAGGAAGAUCAGCAAAUGACAGAGAAACAAGUGUCAAUAAUGUUUCAUCUUCAUCAAAUUCACAAAGCUCAUCAAGGCAGGCAGCUGCUGCAUUGAGAAAGCCAAGUGCACCUGCGCCUGGAUACAGCAGAUAUGAUCAAGAACGGUUCAGGGGUGGAAAAGAAGAAACUUUGGGAUUCAGGAUUGAUACUAUGGGUUCCUAUCACGACAUGAGUUUAAAAUCUGUAAUGGAAGGUGCAGCAGCGAGAAAAAGUACAAGUUCAUCGUUGCCUAGAGCGAUUUCAAGACCAACUCCUAAACCUGCCACUCAACCUCAAAAACCCCAGAAACGAACGUCUCGAACACCUAUUAUCGUACUUCCUGCUGCUCUAUCAUCUCUUAUUACAUUAUAUAAUGCUAAAGAUUUAUUACAAGAUUUGAAGUAUGUGAGUAUGGCAGACAAGAAAGCACAAGGCGCAAGACGGGAUAAUGAAGUGCUAAUACAAAGGCAAAAAGACAAUGGAGCUCUAACUGUCCCUUACAGAGUUAUUGAUAAUAUUUCUAAGUUACAAGGACAUGAGGACUGGGAGCGUGUUGUGGGAGUGUUUGUACAAGGUCCAGCAUGGCAGUUCAAAGGUUGGCCGUGGUUAUUGCAAGAUGGUUCCCCUGUUGAUAUUUUUUCACGAAUUCAAGCCUUUCACAUAAAGUUUUUGGAACAGAGGAUGGAUACCAAUGUUGGAAAAUGGAAUGUUCAUGUUAUUAAUUUAAGUGAAACUAAACGUCACAUGGACCGAGCAGCAUUGUUAAAAUUUUGGGAGGUACUUGAUAGGUAUAUGAUAAAAAAUAAGCCUCACUUGCGCUUCUGAGAAGUCUUCAUUCGGAAAGAUGUAACAUUUGAGCGUUUGACAAUGGUAAUCAUGACAGAUGUACUCAAAAUCGAGAUACAUAUUUGCGGGAGAAUAUACUGCCACCUGACAAGAAGAUCGAAUUUUGUCUACAAGUGAUCAUUGAGUUAGUUAUGACUGCAGGUAGUUUCAAAUUCACCAGUUAUUUAAGAAUGAUUCAUGGCUCGGAGAAUGGAAAGAAUGGAAUUUCGAGAUGCAAUGAAUGAUUAUAUUGUUGCUGUCGUGUCACAGCAUAAACUGUUAUUGUAUAACCUCUGUUGCACGCCAUUUUUUCUAUUUUAUUCAUUACACAUAUAUGUCUAAAUUUAAUAAAUGAAAAGUACAUUGUAGUGCAGGAUGAAUCAACAUGGGCAUGCUUUAUGUUGUAUUGUUUUUUCAAGGUUUAUUUCAAUAGCGUUAAAUUCAAUAAGUGUGAAACCAUCUUAGUUGUGUUAUUUUGAGCUUCGCUUACCGCGAUAUCGACUACUUAAUGAGCCAAAACUGCUCACCUUAAGAGUCUGGGUAUAUUUGGCAGUAAAACUUGAUGCAUAUGUGAUAUUCCAUUAGCCAUGUAAUGGAGAAGUGUUCAAUCUCAACAAAAUAAAAUAUUUAAUACUUAUGAAGUCUCUAUUUUUUAAAUGAUGUCUCACUGCUUGCAUUAUGGAUCAUGUUUUUGUUUUGUAUGAUUCAACAUGCUCUUUUUCUGCAAAAUAUUUGUAAUAUUCAUGAUACGGUUUGAAAUAAAUACUGUUCAAAAUUA